AGUGAGAUUCAUGCUCCGCUCCGACAUGCCCAAUCGUGUUGUUGCUAGAUGGUAUUGUAUAUGCUUCUUGCUUCAUUGAUUCUUUCUCUGUAGAUGCUCAUCAUCAAUCUCAGUUUGAAGACCCAAAGGUCGUCAAGUCCUUUGCCAAAUCAAGAACAAAAUCACUUUCUCUUUUCUUUCCAGAAGAUUGAUGGCCGAUCGAGACAGAGGAGACUGGGAUUUCCAUCUCCGGACUUUAUCUAUCAGCGCUAGAGACUCCAAUUUGGCCAGCGACCCCGCUUCUGACCCCUCUCUUCUCCAAUCUGUGAAAAGGCUACAUGAAUUGUGCAAUAAGGAGAACUCUGAGGAUUUGGUGGCUAGGGUUUAUCCUCAGAUUAACAGGCUCUUUCAACGCUCUGUCGCUUCGCUUUCUCAAUCUAAGUAUUCUUGUGGACUUCUCUUGCUGGCCAUUCUUCAAUUUUUCCUGGACUUUGGUGAGAUGGUUCUACAUGAUGCUGAUCCCAGCCUAAGGACUUUUUUUCGUUCAUGUUUGAGCCGUGAGUUUGCAGAUCCAGUUGUUGCAGAAGCAACUCUUAAUUUUCUGAACGUGAACAAGAAAAAGCUCCUAACUUCCUUUCCCACUUUACUGCCUCAGUUUUUUCCUUUGUUGCUGAAGCUGAUAGCCUGGAAUGGAGAGAAAUUGGAAAAAUCUUUUCUGAAGGUUUUUCCAGGACUGAUAUCAGCUGGCUCAUUUCUUCCCCUAUUUCCAUCUUUAGUUGAUUUGCCAAUUUUGUUGGUAGCUUUGGAAAAGGUAGAGCGGAGCUCAGGAUCACUUGUUGGAAACAGCAUAGCCUCAAUCCAGAAGAGUACGGCUCCUGAGAUGCUGCUCGCCCUCAUGGAUGAAGCUUACACUGGUUCAACCAUAGGAGAUGGUGGGGCAGACUCUGAAUCUGAGGAUAGCAACAAAAUAGAUGCAGCUGAUCCACUGUUUCUUGAACUUUUGAAGGAUGAAAAUGAUGGGAUUGCUGAUCGGCACUGGACUUCUCCAGGUAUGGCUGCAACUUUGCUGGCUGUAAGCAAUAGCCGUCAGUCUGAUAGGCUAAAGCAAAUACUCAGGAUUGCUCCCCGGCUUCUUGAUGUGUAUUUCUCAAUAGCUUCACGUGAUAUUAAUGAUUCUUUGAUCUGUGCAUUAAUUCCUCUUAUCAUGUCCAGAAAUGACACAAUGUUUCCAGAGAAAAAUUUUUCUUAUGAGGUUCGUAAGAGACUAUUAGAGUUCAUCCUUGCUGCAUUUCAACGAUCUCCAGAUUUUAUUGCUCUUUUGAAGAAACCUAUAGUGGACAGGCUUGGGGAAGCUUAUGACAGCCCUGCAAAGACAGAAUUGGCAUUACAAUUGUGCUGGGCCAUUGGGGAGCAUGGUGGUGGUGGCGAGUCUCACAAAGAUGCUGCUCGUGAGCUUUUUGAGAAUCUAGAGUUACUUUUGUAUGAAAACCUAUCAUCUAGCCGACUUGGCCUAAGGGAGUCAGCAACGAGCUCCAAUAGUGAAAACUCCAGAAAGUCAUCACAAUCGAGGCUUCUAUGUUUUGUGGUAACAGCUAUUGCAAAGCUUGCCACAUAUCACCAUGAAUUAUUACCAAGGGCACGUGUCUCCUUGGGCAAGGUAGCUCGAUCUCGAAUCUCAGAUGCAAGGGUCUGGAGGCGAGCUCGCGAUUAUUUGGGAUUAUUGAGUGAACCUGCUAUUUCAUUGUCUGUAUUUGGGCCUUCAAGAUCUUCACGUGGACACAAGCAGAAUCCUGGCACCAUUAACUGGAGUGGAGGCGGCACAAAGAUGAUUUCACAUAUUCCAUUUUACAUUCUUGGGGAACAAGAAGGUCCACCUUUCCACAACUUUUCGUUUUCAGAUCUUGUUCCAAGAAGAUGAUGCCUGCUUGUUAAAAGAAAAAAAAGAAAAAGCAGCUCUUUGUUUUUUUAUUUAUUUUUUUUCUAAUUUUUUUUUUCUUUCUAACUUAAUUCGAAUCAAGCUUUAGAAAUAAUGGUCCUUUUCCCUCUAUAUUCUUUGUGCCGACGAUUUUAGUAUAAAUUGGACUAAAAUAGGUAAGAUUACCAUACAACUGAACUGAACCGAAUGUAUAUUCCCAGUUGUUCAAUGGUUAUAUUUAUAAAAUUUAGACCAAAAAUAUUUAUUA